AUGGACAAGGACAUCCUGGGUGAAGCAGGGCUACACUUUGAUGAACUGAACAAGCUGCGGGUGUUGGACCCAGAGGUUAUCCAGACCAUAGAGCUCAAGGAAGAGUGCAAGGGCUUUAUGGACAAAAUUGGCCAAUUUCAGAAAACAGUCGGUUUACUUGAGCUUGUUGACCAACUUGCAAAAGAAGCAGAAAAUGAGAAGAUGAAGGCCUUUGGUGCUCAGAAUUUGCUCAAAUCUAUAGCAAAGCAGAGAGAAGCCCAACAGCAACAACUCCAAGCACUAAUAACAGAAAAGAAAAUACAGCUUGAAAGGUAUCGGAUUGAAUAUGAAGCUUUGUGUAAAGUAGAAGCAGAACAAAAUGAAUUUAUUGGCCAAUUUAUUUUUCAGAAAUGAACUGAAAAUUUCAUUAUAUAGCAA